AUGAAAGAUGUUACACUAAUUAUAUUUUUAUUAACUUUAUUAAUUAUUAAUUAUAAUGUUUAUUUAAUAAAUUGUCUUGUACAACAUUCUUUUGAUUUAAAUUGUGAUUUUGAUGAAGAUAAUCUUUGUUUGUGGUAUAACUCAAAUAUAACAUGGGACCAUACUUCUGAUUGGUCAAUUUCAAAAUCAACAAUUAAUAUUACUUCAAUUAAUAAAGAAAUUGCACCAAUGUCUUUAAAUAAUGGGUUUAUCUAUACCAAUGGUACAAAUAAUGGAUUAAAUACGGCAUUACUAGUAAGUGAUGUUAUAUCGUGUCAACUAGGAGGUGCUGAAAUUAAUUAUUGGUAUUAUAAAACGCAAAUAAAUUCAAGAUUAGAAAUAUGUACUCGACAACCUCCAGGAUCUCUUAAUUUUCUACAUCAAAAAUGUUAUGAUGGUAUUCAGGCUGUUCAAGCAAGUCAAUGGGUAUAUCAAAAAAUUGAAUUACCACCAUUAUCUCAACCAUUUGAAAUCUUAAUUCGUGGUUACUUUAUUCAACCAGAUGAUAUUAUUGCAAUUGAUAAAAUAACAUACGAAGCUGCUUUAUGUGAUUCAACUCAUGGACUAAUAUCUGUUAUUACAAUUGAUAAAUGGAAUGAAAUUAAACAUGAAGUUAAAAAUGGUGAAGAUAACAUAAAACCUAUGCUUGUUAUAGCUGAUUCAAUAAACCAAAAAGAUGAUUCAAUUGUAGAAAAUGAAGAUUAUGUAAUUUCUAAUAAUAAUACAUUAAAUAUUUCAAAUAUUACUGACAAUAAUAAUUUAAAUAAUAUUACAAAAACGAAUGUAGAUAAUAAUUCAAAUAUUUUUAAUAUAAUACAUGAAGUUUCUCCAUUGUUAACUAUGUUAUUAAAAUCAUUACAACAACCAAAUAAUUUAAAUGCAAAUCAAUUAUUAUCAUUACCAAAUACUUCACCAAUGUUUAAUUCAAAUAUUCCAAUAAAGGCUAAAGCUUCAAAAACAUUACAAAUAGAUGAACUAAUUACAACUGAAGAUGAUAAAACAAUAACUAAUGAAGAAAAUAUUUUAAAUUUUCCAAUGAAAUAUGAAGUACCGAUUAAAAAAAAUAUAUAUGUCGCAAAAGUUAAUCAAAAUAAUUUUAAAAAAAAGUCCAACAAAGAAUUACCUAUAAAAUCUAUAUAUCCAUCAAAUUUUUAUCCACAUCAAAAAAAUAUUAAAACAACAACCCCAUCAUUAGUUAUAGAAAGUACAUCAUUAACAGAGAAUAAUGAGAAAAAUUUAAAUUAUAAUACAGAGGAGUAUCAUUUAUCAAAUAAUCAAUUUAAAAAAAAAACAAUAAUACGACCAAAAAAAGUAUAUGAAGAUAGUAUAAAAAAAGAAAAUGACAAAAUAUCAAUAAGUAAUGAUAAUUUAAAAAUAGAAAUACCUAAAAUAAAUGAUAAUAAUAGUGAUUUUAAAGAAAAUGAUAGUAGUAUUUUAAAAAAUGAUAACAAACUAAAAUAUCUUUUUAAUAAAUUAUCAGAACAUUCAGUUAAUAUUGAUGACAUAUCAGGACAAUUAACACCCGAGAUGAUAAAUGAAUUACAAAUGUUAUCAAAUUUUGAUGACCUUGAAAGUUUAACAGAAGGAAUGGAUCUAACAUUAUUAACAAAACCAGGAGGCUUUAAUAUAUUAAGACAACAAUUUUUAGAAAGACUUUUACAAAAAAAGCUGGAUAAAGAUUUAUCAUAA